CAAUAGGGCUACGCACUUUCGCUUGCGGAAAUUACAUUUUUGCGAUACUCCUGGCGGUGCUAGGAAGCGAGCGCUCCUACCGAAUGCUCGGUUUCCAGCGCUACCUUGCAGAACGACGUGGCAUUUAAAGCACCGCCACCAUGGACGAAGGACUGUACAGAGAAGCAGACGGAGUACGCACGCUUGGGUACUUCAGCGAUGACGCUAUCCGUUCGGCAAUGAGCUACAAACCACGACAAGGAGACACUGUGCUUGUAACGUACCCGAAGUGUGGUACGAACUGGACACUGUUCAUCAUAUGGAACAUAUUGACGCGCGGAAGGCAACCUUCAGACGUUGGGGAGUUUGCAGUCAUGUGUCCGUUCAUCGAACUAAUUGGAGCCGACGCAGCUGAGAACACAGAUAGGAGAGGCCCCAUAGUCACUCAUCUUCCGCUCAGCGCUUUUCGGCCAGUUGACUGGGCCAAAUAUAUAUAUGUAGCCAGGAACCCUUACGACUGUGCUGUUUCCUGUUACCACUUCCUAAAGGGAGUCACGCCGAAGACGUGCACAGAUGUUUCCUUCGACAAGUUCCUCGCUCUUUUCCUUUCGGGAAAGGUACCUUACGGUGACUAUUUCGAUCACCUGCUUCCCUGGUAUGAACGCAGAGAUGACUCCAACGUGCUAUUUCUCACCUACGAGCAACUGAAGGCGGACACAAGACGAAUGGCUCUGAAGAUCGCACGAUUCCUGGGUGCCGAACACUGCACCGUUCUUCAAAAUGACAGCGACUUGCUGCAACGUGUACUGGAUAACUCUAGCUUGGAAACCAUGGCAGCCUUCCUGAAAGAUAAUGUUGGUGACAGGGUGAAGAAAAUGAUCAAAGCAGCGUCGCAAACGUCAUCGGAGACGGUUGAGGAGUUGAAGAAUUCGUACGGAGAGAACGUGGUGAUGCACGAGAGCUCAGGGUUUGUUCGCAAAGGAAUAGUGGGUGACUGGAAAAGCCACUUCACUACUGAGCACAUCAGACAGACCACGAAGUGGAUCACUGAAAAGACACGGGGAAGUUGUGUCAUGUCGUUGUGGAGUGAUUUGGACUUGCCUUAGCAGCCGGAAGCCGAGCUUUCUGCAACACUAGAAAUUCGUAGAAGCUAUAUGCCAGCACCAGUCAUAUUGCAAGCUAAAAUAGUUAGACACAUAUUCAUGCUCAUGUUCAGAAUUCAGAAUGUUCAUGCGGUUAGCUGCUUCCUAGAGUUUCAGAAUUAUUCUCUAGGAAAAUAAAAUGAACGCCCUAACAUUCAAAUAUGCAAUAAUAAACUCAGGAGGAGAAUUUUUUUCCAGAGAUGUUGUUAGCCUCUGGCGAAAUCAACUGAAUUCUGCUGAGGAGCCAGACCGGCAUUGUGCCUUCAACUGCUGUUAUGAGCACUAUGAGCAUGAAGACUAGCGUUAUCGUGUGCACGGGCUACAAUUCUUGUUCAUAGGAGAUCACACAGUAACCAUCAACAUAAAACAAUGUAUCAACGUAACUGAGAGCUCAAAAAUGUCAGUGACUUCCAUAAAAAAAUACGCCAGUAGUAUUUUUUCAGUUUUCUAUCAAUGAUGUUUGGAGGACCCUUAGGCUUAGCCUUUAAGAGGGGAACGCGAUAGCAUUCAAAGAUCCCUAACUACUUCUAACGCUUCCCAGCAUCUGCAGCUUAUGGAACCGUAAUGUUUAGCGAGAAGCGCUGGUGGCGAACACUAUGCACGACAGCGAGCUUUCUGGCAUAAACGCAGUCUCUUGCGUUGGGCAAUCUUCUGUUAUUGUUUCGUACUUUCAAUGUUUCAGUCUGAGUAGGUCUAACAUAAAACGUAUGUCGCUGUCGGU